AUGACGUCGACGCUCAACCCCGUCUACCCAAUGUCGUCGGCGCGCGUGCCCCCGGACGCAGUCAAGGGCAACCAGGAGGGCAACUACUCGUCCUUCCCCGUCGUCAAGAUCGAUGAGCUGCUCGGCGUACUGUCCGAGAUGGGACUCUCGAUCUCACCUGAAGACCUGCAGAAACCACAGGGUCACGUUGCGCACCGAGUCUUUGUCGCCUUCCUCGAAUGCCUUUCGGGGACCACAACCGAGAUGAUGGACGGGCGGCGACACGAGGCGCUCGCACCAGCCGAGUACCGAGAGCUCUACGAGGAUGGAUUGCAGAUGCUCAUGUUCUUCCGCGAGGUCAAGGACAUGAUGAACGCAGCGACGCUGUACGAUUUCACUCUGCAGGAUCUCACACGGCCCAACCCCAAGCGCUUCCGACGUCAGAUGUCGGCGCUGGUCAACUUCUACCGCUUCCGCUCGGAUCGCAUCGUCGAAUUUGAAGAGCUCGUCACAGGGUCCGAGGAUCUCGAGAACAAACGCAACGAGAUCGAGGACGACAUCGAUCGCCAACGCUCCGAGCUAGCCCGCUUCAAAGCGGAGCGCGAGCUGGACGAGCCUAAAGUCAAAGAGCUUCAACGAAUCAACGCCGAGAUCACCGACGAGCUGCUUGCCGCACGCAAUCAGCAGAAGGAGACCAUGGAGGAGCUCGAGGAGCUCAAGAAGCGCAAAGACACGCUGGCCGUCAAACACGCCGAACUGGCGCAGGAAAAGUUCCAGAUCUACGAAAAGAUCACCUACCUCGAAGCGCGCGUCGUCUCGUCGCCGAGCAAGAUGAAGAAUAGCGUCCGCGAGCUCGGCGAGCAGUUGGACAAGGACACGAUUUCGUUGUCCGAGACGUUGAAGAAGGUGGAGGAGUUCAAGCGCAAUUUGGAGACGCUCGAGAUUUUGAGCAACGACCUCGAGACGUGCAUGAACGCGAUGCACGAGGUCAACCUCGAAAUCGUCAAGGGCAAAGAGGAGGUUCAGAAUCAGACCGACCUGCAAGCCUUGUCCCAAGGCAUCAACAACCAGCUCGCCUCGCUGAAGCACUCGCUCGAGAUGACGCAGUACGAAAUGAAGCGCUUGGAAGAAAAACAGACGCGCAAUCGCAAGACGCUCAUGGACAUCACCGAGAAGCACACCAAGAAGAUGGACAAUCUGCAGAUGGAGUUCGAGCAGGCCAAGGCGGAGAGGACGAGGAAGAACGCCAUUGCCGAGGUCAAGAACGUCGAGAGCGAAAAGAUCGAGGCUAAGAUGGCCGAGUUGGAGGAGGCGUACGAGGGGUAUCAGAAGAAGAUGAUUCGGCAGAAGGAUGCCAUUGAGACGGCGGUGAGGUUGUACAUCAGUACGCUGACCAACUCGCUCGAGUUGGAACGCUUCAAGGCGUGA